CACUUCUUCUAGAGGAGAAAUCAAAACAAAAUCAACCUCCUCCAGCCUCCAGCCUCUACCAUGGCUCCAAAUAGUAAGUCACCGCCAGGAAGAGGGGCUGCCGCGCCAGCGCGGCCACCUCCAGGACGAGGCGCUCCAGGGAAAGCAAAGUCGAAAUCUCCUCCAGGCCGUGGAAAUGCACCUCCUCCUAAGGGCAAGGGCAAAGGAGCUGCUACGCCUGCAAAAAAUGAAGCUAGAAAAUCUGUUGCAGCAAAUAAACCUCCAAAACCGGUCCAGAGUGACUUGAUCCAAGAUUAAGGCUUCCACAAAUCAAGAGCAUCUUCAAGGAAGAGCAUCUUCCUGGGGCCUCCGUGCGUUUUAGACAAGGGGGGGAUACUUUUAAUAAGGAGGUCAAAAAGGUUCCAGGAUGCAUUUGAAGAUGAAUUUAGGCAAGGUCUAAUAAGAAUUGAUCGAACUCCAACCAUCGGUGAAGGCAAUGCUGAAGCAACAUCCACAGUUUGAAGCAGCCAUCAAUAAUGCACCUGGAAUGGCGGAGCUACUUGUCGAUGUUGCAGACUUAGCUGCGGUCUUCACAGCAUCUUCGCCACAAAUGUUUGAUGCCGU